AUGAUCAGUGUUUUUGCAUCCUUUAUUAAGCCUAGCUCUCUCUGCUUAUGGUUGAAAGUUGAAACUGCUGCAGCAAUGAUACUUGCUGAGCAAAAUGUGGCAGCUGAAAAGAGUGGCUUAGCUACAAGUAAGAAAGGCUUGACCUUGAAGGAUCUUCUGCCACAAACUUCACAUUGCAAUGCCAAACUUCGCAAAGAUGCAUUAAAUGGUCUCAAAGACCUUUUGAAGAACCAUCCAGCAGAGCUGCAGUCACAUAAAUAUGCUAUCAUUCAGAAACUUAGGGAACGAAUUAUGGAUGAUGAUAGUCUAGUGAGAGAUGCUCUUUAUCAACUAUUUGAAAGUGUGAUCCUUCCUGCUUGUAAAAAUGAUAACCAGAGCCCUAUGGUGUCACUUUUAAUGCCAUACAUAUCUUGCGCUAUGGCUCAUUCAUCGGUUGAGUGUUACAUUUCCCAACUUUUGCCUCUAAUGUUUCUUGCCACGACGUUCCCUGAUAUUUCCAUGUGCUACUUGUUGCAGAUUCUUGAAAACUACAAGGAUAACAAACACAAAUUGACGUAUUUUCUUCUAAUCUUUACAAGAAACAGAAACUUUUUGUUUCCAUCCAUUUACAGAUUUUGUUUUUUUCUCCUAAACCUACGAGCUCACACCAUGGCCAAGGGAUUUCUAGAUACUGGCCAGUCACCAUCGCAUAACCUCGGCCAAGGGAGUACACAUACUACUUUAGACCAAAACGUAAAACUUGUCAAGAUCAUUACAGAAUCCAAAACCAGUAGUGUAUCUCAAUAAUAACAUAUGUAUAGUUGAUUUCAAAAUACAUGGUACAAGGAACAAGAAACACAAAGAAGAAGAAAACCAGAGUAUUAAG